CUUACAGCUCUACUGGAAGCAAGGAUAUAUAUAUUUUCUAUUUAUUUUUCAAGGUCGCUUUUGAACAUUGCCCAUUGUUUGGCAAAUAACGUAUAUACGGUGGGUAAAUAGCACUUGUGACCGCAAAUACAAUAUGUGCAGCAGUUUCCUAUAUAAAAAGUCUUGGUUAUAGCUUUUUAGAGUCAAGCUCUGAAACCUUUGGAGUGACAAUUAAAAAAAACGAGUCCAAAGCCAGGUUUUCAAUGGUUGUAAACAAUUGUAAUAAAAGUAAAGACAAAACGGCCCAGCCUCUAAAUGUAAAUUUUUGCGACAGGUAAUUCUAUCGGGUUUUAAAACAAAGAUGACGAGAUUCAUUAGCUGCCAGCCGACAAUUCACCAAAAACGCCUUCUUUACAAAUAUCAGCUAAUAUCAGAUGUUUUAAGAUAAUAACCGAUAAUUAAGAAAACCUGACAAAGCCGAUAUGUUUCCGUAUUACCCUCGCCAGGUAUCGUUUUACCUUCAUAAGAGGAUACAUCUUAUUCGUUAAUUGCAAAACAGCAGGUUACAAUUUCCAAGGUAAUAUCUGAUAAGUUGCUAGGCGGAACUAGCUUUCUAAUUAUUUUUCCACUGCGCGACAGCAAGUGACAAUAUUACAACUAUGAACUCCCAAAACCUGCAGUUAAGAAACACCCUGUGUGAUUAAGGUAAAAAUAACAUAUUAAUCAACCAAAAUUGAGGUUUUUUUAUUUAUAAACAGAUGUCAGCGAGAAGUGAUAUUGGAAAAUUAAUAGCAGCUAACACGGAAACCUGCUGCAAACGGCCAAUGGUUUCAACCAUUUCUGAAACGUCACUUUAGAAGUUCGAACUCAAGAUUAUAAAUUGUCUCAUGUUAGAAAGACAUCAAUGUAAAAACGUAAGUCUUAUUUCGAGCCCGUUAGAAAUUUUAAUGCAGGUUAGUAAAUAAAACUGCAUGUUAUUACUUUGAAGCUAAUUGUUAACCACAAGAUUUAAUUUUGGAAUUCCGAGCCAUAUGUAGUUCGCCUAGGCCAAGCGCUGAUUGAAAUCACGCUUCACAAAUUCAAUUUCAUCUUACACCAAGUACUCUACUCGUAAUCAACUCCUUCUCAAUUCAAGUUUAAGUAGCUUGAAACAUUUCUCCUGACAUUGUCGGCUUUCUUGAAUGCUCAAAAUUAAUUUACCCAAUACCAGCCAGUACAAAUUGUUACCGAAUAUGAAAUGAAAAUUCAACCAAAAUGUAUGCUCAUUGCGUUCUGUUCCACGGAGUCCAAGGAUUGUAAUAAUUGAUAAUAAUUUUCCUUUUAUUUAGAACCUUGUACCUUAGUAAAAGGUUGUUUCCCGGUAUAUAACUAAUAUAGAUAUUCAUUAUCGGUCAAAGCGAUCGCGCGCUGAUAAACCUGUUUAGUUUUCUUUGACUAAUCGCCGAUAAUUAUUUUCUGUCUUAGAGGUAAAUUCAAUCUUGGGCGCUGUCAUCAAACAAGGGAUAGUCAAGACACAAUAAAGUCAACUCCACAUCAAGCAACAUUUGGGUUUAAAAACCUGCCGGUCCAUAAAUGUCGAAUAACACAGAUUCUGAGCUACCGAAUGAAACCAUAAGAAAUGUCAAACUGGGCUUUUACAUCGCCAGCAUAAUAAUCGGUUUUAUUGGUAACACUUUGGUGAUUGCAGUCAUUUCGGGCAAGAAAAACAAACGGUCAGUUUAUGAUCUUUUUAUUCUGAAUCUUGGAAUUGCGGACUUGAGUUUCAUCGUUUUCUACAUGCCUCUAUACAUCUACGAGCAUCUUAGCUCAAUCUACAAAACACUAUUGUACUGUCGACUUGUGCAGCCCUUACUGACCAUCUUCUAUUUUUUGAGCAUCUUCACCAUCGCUUCUAUGGCGAUCCAUCGCUGUAGGUUGAUUACCAACCCUUACAAACGCAAGAUGAAGAAGCGAGGAGCAUAUCUGUGGAUUGCUGCUAUUUGGAUUUCUUCGUUCAUAAUCGUCUUACCAUUGUCGAUCGUGGCAAAAGUAAAAGACGGCUACUGUUUAGAGAACUGGCCCUCCAUGGAUCAUCGUAAAGCCUACACGCUGGCGCUUUUCCUCCUUCAGUUUCUGUUGCCUUUGUUGAUCAUCGCGGCAGCAUACCUAAGAAUUGGUGUUUACCUCUGGCGAUCAGCUGAUCCACAAAGCUCUUUAUCCACAGCGAAGAAGAACAGGGCACAGAAGAGACGGAAACAGAACAUCCAAGUCAUCAAAACACUCGCAUUGAUAGUGAUUCUUUUUGCUAUCUGUUUGCUUCCAGGUCAAAUCGCUUGGCUUAUGUGGGACUUUGGAGAUCAACAUGACGAACACAUCGUCGAUGUGAUUUUUAUUUUCUCCGAUAUUCUUGAUUGCUUGCACGCAUGUGUAAAUCCAAUAGUCUAUGGCCUGUUGACUGAACAGUUUCGUCGACAAUACAUCAGAUAUUUCUCGUAUUGUCUUUCAUGCGGAACAAAGCAGGUGAACACAGAGCCUGAAACGCGAAAUGUGGAAAGCACGGUGGAAAUUUUAUCACCAGCUAGGAAUAGAAGACACCUUAUCUCUGAGGAAGUCGAGACAGUGGCGAAUAACUAGAAGGGGUCACCGGCUUCUAAAGAUAUCAGUACGUGCAGGGAGAGUUCCUCUCCAAGAUAUUCCUUUUCUUGGCAGAACCCUACCCUAUGCACAAACUGGCAUCCCGUGAAACCCACGUCAAAUCAAAUCAAAUCAAAUCAAAACUUUACUUAUCGAGGGUGACACGUAAUAGUUUAUCAACUAAUAGAUUUGUGGCCCUCUUAAAUGUACUAAAAGUUAAAAAUCUACUAUAAACAAUAAUCAAAGAUUAUCAAUAAAAUAUCGCAAUCUAAAAAUUAUU